AUGGUUGAAAUUGGUUUCAGUGAAGAAAACAAGUCGGAAGCAGAUUCCAGACGUAGUAUAAAUAUUUCUGGAUUAAAUGCUAAGCUUCCAUGUGAAACUUCUGAAGGACGCAACACAUUAGCGAGCUUUCUCCGUGAAUUGUGUGGUACUGUCCAGUCUUCCUACCAUGAGGAUAUAGUUGAACUCAACUUCAUACAGAGUGGAUCUAUUCUGGUAGAGUUUUACGAAUGGAGGAGAAAAAAUACUCAAGAAUUAAUGCAGGCCCUAUGCUCCGGUCACCUAGAUCCGGAGGAUCUUGCCUUAGUAAGCGGUUUUAUGUCAGGCCAUAUCUCAAGCGAUGCAGUUUUUCCACCUUGUGGCGCUGUUCACCCUAGUCUAUGUCCACAGUCAACACAGGACCAUGAUUCUGAAGAUGAGGAUGAUGAGCGCGGAUUGGAUGAAAACUCUGUCCUGAAAUAUGCUACUGAAGAAGUAAAUGUUCUUAAACGUGUAUUAGAACUCAAGCGUGCUGGCCUGUGGUCAGCUGAUGACUCAUCUUGUGGGACGACAGAAUCUGGCAUUAUUGACAAUUCAGCCAAUAUUCUUCCUUAG